AUGGACAUGACUUUCGAGCAAUGCGAGGAUAUGCUGGACCCUUUCUACAAGACGUAUUACUGCAAGGACGGCAGGCCUUUCUAUAUCGUAGGCAUGGGGCACCUAAAGCACGUGGCCCGCACCCUCGAGGUCCUUGGUUGCGAGGCUGAAGUGCUCGAGAUCCUCCCAUAUGGCGACCUUUGGGCGAGGCAGCAGAAAUACGAGGGAGAUUCCGUCUUGGGGCAGUACCACUUGAGAGAGCCCUAUUCGUCGAAGAUCAUCGCGAUCUUCAAGGAGAAGUUCAAAACCAAGACAGCUUGGGAGUGGGAGCAGAUCUUCGGAGCCAUCAGGGUACCCAGUAGCGCCACGAGGACCACCAAGGAGUGGAUAAACUCGGACCACGCGAAGGCCUGUGGCCUAAUGAUCCCUGCGCCGGCGACCAAGGGCGCCAAGGACGGCGUUAUGGGCACAGGCUUCGGCAAGGAGAUGCUCGUUCCUGGGCCCUUGGUGUGGCUCUCGGGGAGCUCAUCCAAGGCGGGCAGCCACGCGACCCGUGCGGCCGACGUCGCGUCGGCAAGGAGGCCGAUUCCGCCUGCUGCGGUGCCGCUCCAGCCUGCCCCCGCAAAGGGGAAGGGGACAGGCAAGGGCUACCUCCAGGGCAUCAAGAUCCUUGACCUGUCCAACGUCAUCGCUUGCCCCAUGGUCGGCGUGCUGUGCGGCCGCUUCGGCGCCGAGGUCAUCAAGGUCGACAUGCCCAAGCCAGCCUACGGCCCAGUCAUUAUGGUCGGCUUCGGCGUGCUGGCCAUGCGCGGGAAGAAGAGCACGCUGCUGGACCUGAGCACCCCAGACGGUUACAAGGCGUUCGCGCGCCUCGUGGCGUGGGCCGACGUCGUCACCUUCAACGGGGUCAGCCCGCAGCUGGAGGCGCUCAACAUCACCCUGGAAGCGCUCCAGAAGAUCAACCCCAAGGUCAUACUCUUCCACCUGAACAGCUAUGGCGGCCCCAGGAAAGGCCCACGCACAGACCACAUCGGCUACGACGACCUCACCCAGUCCACGACCGGCAUCAUGGCGCGCUUCGGCGGGUCGCUGGAGACCGCCGAGGAGCACGCGCACAUCGGCACGGUGGAC